AUGACUGAGAAGGCUGUCAUCCGGCUGCCUCCCUAUCUCCGGCCUGAUCGUGAAAUCCAUGUGGUCAUCUCUGUCCUUUCUGGUCGGCACAAUGCCCAAGGCUACUACGAUGAGACUCUCAAGCCCUUACUCGACAGCCACGGCAUCACCUACAGUACUCACACGACAACCUCUACGGGGUCCAUCAUUAAUCUCACCGAAAAGUUAUUCCUCAUCAAUGCAACGCAGGGCGUGAAACAGACGAUCAUUCUUCUGUCGGGGGAUGGUGGCGUGGUUGAUAUAGUCAACACGCUCACAGGCAACCUGGAUCGACGGCAUGAUGACAUGCGGCCAGCCGCGGUUUUCUUCAAGCCAGUCCUGGUAUUGAUACCAAUGGGCACGGCCAAUGCACUGGCCUGGAGCUGUAAGGUGGCCAAUGAACCUCUAAAAUACCUGAUGGAUGGGACCCCUCGAUCCCUACCAUCCUUUCGAGCCCAGUUUAGCCCUGGCGCGAAAUUUGUUGUCAAUGAGGGCAAAGACCGCGAAGGGCUGGCGGACUCGGACGAAUAUGAGACCACCAUGUACGGCGCUGUGGUCUUCAGCUGGGGACUGCACGCAAGUCUGGUUGCCAUGAGUGACACUACCGAGUACCGCAAGCACGGGGUGGAUCGUUUCAAAAUGGCAGCCGGGCAGCUGUUGGCGGACGCUCAUCAAUACAGAGGCAAAGUUAAAUGGCGGAAAGGAGACGAUGACUGGCGGGACCUUCCUGGCGACGAACACUCGUAUGUGCUAGCCACUCUGGUGUCAAAUCUCGAAGAGAAGUUCCAAAUCUCCCCCGCCACGCAACCAGUGGAUGGUACUUUACGGCUUGUUUCGAUUGGCGCCGAAGCUGCCGACGAGAUAAUGCGACUUUUGGGGCUGGCAUAUCAGGGUGGAAAACAUGUGGCAGACCCAAAGGUCACUUAUGAGGAUAUCGAUGGUCUUAGAAUCGAGUUCGAUGAAGAGGACGAACAGUGGAGGAUGGUUUGCAUUGACGGUAAGAUUGUCGCCAUUGCCAAGGGGGGAUGGGUUGAGGUUACUAGAAUUCCGGGGACAGGGAUGGAUGCGAGAAGGGUGGUUGAAGUAGUGUGCUAG